UACUUCACCAAACUCCACAUCCCAGGAGGGCUUAGCCUUGAGUCCUGGCCAUUUCAUGAGAGUUGACGUCCCUCAAGGAGGAGAUCCAGGAGCCCCAUUCAGAGGGUCUUUUUUGCAAUGGCCAAGCAGGUAUUUCGUGUUGGCCUCCACCAUGAAGCUUUUCAGAGGACCUGUUCUCGUUUCCUUGGUGUUUCUUCUGGCGGCUUUGGUCUCGGUCUCAGAAGUAGAUGCAUCCAAGCAACCUUCUGCGGUCAAGGAGAGGUACAUUCACUUCCUGAACGAGCACCGGGACAACUCCAACACAAACACCGGAGGAAAGUACUGCAACGAUAUGAUGCGCAAACGAGGCCCGACCAUUCCCAACUGCAAGGUCAAGAACAGCUUCAUCCACGCCAGCGAUAGGGCCAUCAAGGAUGUGUGUGGAAAUGGAGGCGAGCCCUAUGGGACCCUGCGCCUGAGCUGCAAUCCUUUCCGCGUCACCACCUGCGACUUGAAAGGAGAGUCGACCCGCCCGCCCUGCAAGUACAAACACGACAACCGGCCCCGCCACAUCGCCAUCGCUUGCGAUCAAGGCUAUCCGGUCCACUACGACGAAGGCAACAUCAUCAUAAAUCGACCCCAACCGUGUAGGAGAUAACCCAGCCGGCAUUGCUCUCCUGCUGAGUCCAUUUCUCUUGCAGCUUCUUCUGUCUUUUGUCAUUGCAGCUCUUGUAAUAGAAGAGUAGGCAUGUGUUUUGUUCUUAUCCUUCUCCAACCCUCCCCAACUCUGACUCCCCCGUUCAAAGUGUGCUGACUUGUACGCCAGAGAAACAAAUACAUCUUGCUUUGAAACUC